AUUUAACCCUAUAUACUUUCAAUUAUUAUUUUGUAUGUCGUAUUAAUUAUUACUCAUUCCUAUACUUACAUAUAAUACACACAUCCCACACACCCACCAAGGACUGGACAGAGGUCAGAGUCCGUCCACCAUCAUAUGAGGGGACUGUGGUGAGAGCUGUGGCUCAGCUGGAGGAGACGCUCAGUGAAGAGAUGAAGAAGCUGAUUGAGGCUGAGCUGAAGAGGGUCCAGCAGUAUGCAGAGGAUGUGACUCUGGAUCCUGAUACAGCAAGUCCUAAACUCGUCCUGUCUGAUGAUGGAAAACAAGUCAAUCAUGGUGAUGUGAGGAAGAAUCUCCCAGACAACCCAAAGAGAUUUUCUCAAUGCCCUAUUGUUUUAGGAAAGCAGAGUUUCUCUUCAGGCAGAUUUUACUUUGAGGUUCAGGUUAAAGGAAAGACUGAGUGGACAUUAGGAGUGGCCAGAGAGUCGAUCAACAGGAAGGGAGACAUCACACUGAGCCCUGAUGAUGGUUACUGGACGAUAUGGUUGAGAAAUGGAAAUGAGUACAAAGCUCUUGAUGACCCCUCAGUCCGUCUCUCUCUGAAGUCUCAGCCUGAGAAGGUGGGGGUGUUUGUGGAUUAUGAGGAGGGUCUGGUCUCCUUUUAUGACGUAGCUGCUGCAGCUCUCAUCUACUCCUUUACUGGCUGCUCCUUCACUGAGAAACUCUACCCAUACUUCAGUCCCUGUAAUAAUGAUGGUGGUGAAAACUCCACCCCUCUGAUCAUCUGUCCUGUCAAUUAA